GACGUCACUUCCGACCCUGGCGGUUGUUUGGGGGAAAGAAACAUGGACGCCUCCACUAAGACCUGUCUCUUCUUUGCUCUCUCUGAGCACAGAAAGCUUAUGAACAGAUUCUUAGUCCACAUUAAUGAUGAGGCGGAAGAACAAAAAAAGCGCACAAGGAUAGCAACAACAGCUAUGCUCCGCUCCCCAGAAAGAGUGACACUGAAGACUGGGACAAAAUGGGAAGUCAUGCCGAACAUGGAUGACGACGCGUUUUUUCAUCCUUUCAAAGUCACCAAAAGACAGUUUGAUUUUCUCCUGAUGGUGCUGCAGCAGCAGGGUCUAAAAUGGCAAAAAGCUAGAGGUCAGCCAACAGUACCUGUAAGAAUGAAGGUCUUGAUGUUUCUGUGGUACAUGGCAAACCAGAACGGCUUCAGAGACAUUUCAGACAAAUUUGAUGUCUCGGAGUCAACAGCACAUAAGUGUGUUUUGGAAGUGCUUGGCAUUUUUUCAACUCUAGGGUCCUCCUUUAUCUCCUGGCCAAAUACAAGUAAGAAAAAAGCAUCCUCAGCUGCUUUCCAAAAGUUGUGUGGCCUCAGCGGAAUCAUUGGUGUACUCGAUGGGUGCCACAUCAAGAUAAACCGACCAAACACAAGAGGGGGAGACUACAUGAACAGACAGUCAUUUUAUUCUGUCCUCCUUCAGGGGAUUGUUGAUGACAGAGGGCGAUUUAUUGACAUCUUUGUUGGACCACCGGGAAAAGUUGAUGAUGCCAGAAUGUUAAGGGCCUCCAACUUUUAUGCAGACUGGCAGGAAAAAAUGGGUGAAUACAGAUUGCUCGGAGACAGUGCCUACACCGGGCAGGCCGACCCGUUUAUCGUCAUUCCGAAAUGUGAUGAUGGUACUCUCACUGAAGAUGAGCAGCUCCAAAACUCCAGAAUUAGCUCUGGGAGGGUGGUCAUAGACCGAGCUUUUGGAAGGAUGAAGUGCAAGUGGAGGCGGGUGAGAGACCUGCAGAACACUCGUCUUGAAAAUGUGGUCAUGAUUAUUAUGGCAGCUUGUUUCCUCCACAACAUGUGUAUUGGUGACAACGAGAAGUGUGAGGAGCACCUGCAAGGCUGUCCAAGGCAGGCAGAUGACAAUGUUUAAGCUUGCUUUUUACAUUUUUAUCAUUAUGAUACGUGUUUAAUGUUUAGAUUACAGUACAAUUAAAAGUACACUUGUAACCAUG